AUGAAUAAACUAUUGAUAGAAAUUUUAACAGGAUUAAACAAACGUUCACAGUAUUUGGCACCAAGUUUUGUAGACUGUGUUGAUCAAAGCGAUGAGAGUAUAGAAAUUUGUCAAAAUUAUGUUUGUCCUAAUCAUACAUUUAAAUGUUCUUAUGGUGGAUGUAUUCAUGAUGAAAUUGUUUGUGACGGUAUUAAAGAUUGUAUUGAUGGCAAGGACGAAGCUAAAGAUUUAUGCACUGCACUUAACUGCAAAAAUGACGAUUGCCGAAAAUAUACUUGCAAAAAUGAUGAGUUUAGUUGUGAGAAUACUGGCCAAUGUAUUCCAAUGAAUAAAGUUUGUGAUGGUACACAUCAGUGCCAAGAUGCAACGGACGAAAAAAGCGAUAUAUGUAAAAAUCGUAGUUGUUCCAAAGAUUACUUUCGUUGCGCUUAUGGUGGCUGCGUACCGUCAAGCUCACAGUGCAAUCUUCGUGCUGAUUGUUAUGAUUGGAGUGAUGAGGAUGACGAUACAUGUGGGAAUUCAUUACCAGAAGGUGCAUGCAAUCUUCCUCUUGUAGAACCUGGAACAUGGUACAAUGUCGGAAAUUGCGAGCGUUGCCGCCCUGGUAGUACAGUACCAGAACUUACAAGACUUGAAUUUAAUUGUUAUGGAAAUACAAGCAUAGAGGGUGCCAGUAUAGCAUACUGUCAAGGUAGUCGAUGGCUUCCAUCUCUUCCUACUUGUUUAAGUGCUUCUAGCACAAAGAAAUGUCCCAUAGUAAAUUCACCUGGAGCGAUACAAUACUGUGAAAUAAAACAGGGUGUCAAAGCAGGUUUAACAUCUUGCAAUCAUCCGGCAUCAAUUGGUACAAGAAUAUCAUUGAAAUGCCAUCAUUUCUAUGAAAGAGAACGAGGCUCGUCUCAUAUAACAUGUUUACACGAUGGUACUUGGAGCCAAAUACCUCUCAGUUGCCGACCAACUUGUGGAAUAAGAACAUCAGCAUUAGCAACUAUGAUUAUAAGAGGUUGGAAACCAUCACCUAAAGAAGAUAUUCCAUGGCAUGCAACGUUAUUUUCUUAUGAAAAUGGAUUAUGGAAUUUCUUUUGUGGGGGUACGUUAAUAACUGAAAAAAUUGUGCUUACAGCAGGUCACUGCAUUUGGAAAACUUCACCUGACACCAUCAAAGUGUUGUUAGAUAGUAAUUCAAGUAAUUUUACAAAUCAAAAUAAAGAAACUCAGAUACGAGAUAUUGAUCGAAUUGAACUUCAUGGCUCGUACCAAGACUAUGAAGGAAAUUAUGGUUCUGAUUUAGCCUUGUUAAUUUUUAAAAAUCCAGCUUUAAUAAAUCCCCGUGUGCUUCCUGCUUGUAUUGAUUGGUCCAGCCGAUAUGAUGUAACUCAAAGAAUAGGUGAAGUUGGUUUCAUUGCUGGAAUGGGUGUAACCGAAAACGAUACAUUCAGUUCGAAUUUACGAAUAGUCUCUGCCCAAAUUAUAUCUGAGGAUGUCUGUCGUAAGAAAGAAAUGCCAGAUUUUCGAAAAUACUUAACCUACACAUCUUUUUGUGCUGGAUGGGCUAAUGGAACUGCUGUUUGCAACGGUGAUAGUGGUGGUGGUUUUCUUUUACAACGACCUAAUACAAAUAUUUGGGAGGUUCACGGAAUCGUUUCUUUGAGUCCUAGACGUUUGGGUGGCUUUUUAUGUGAUCCAAAUUAUUACACUGUCUUUACAAAAAUAGGGAAAAGAAGUAAUGAGAAGUCGAGAAGAUAAUUAAUUAAAUAUUCCUAAAACGAUUUCCAAAAUAGAAAAGGUGGUCAAAAACAAUUCGAAGAUAAUAAAUAGAUGUGAGGAGUACAUCAUAUAAGAAUAGUAUUUUCUGUUAAAAAGUGAAUACAUAAAUAAAAAAACUUUUAAUUGAA